UAUUCAUCGUUUGUUUAUUGACGAUUUUGAUUUUGAUUUCCUUUCACUCGGAUUAAUUCAGAUUCAUCAAAGGGUCCGCCAGUGCGUCACAGUUGCGAUCGUCUUCUUCAAUUUGUUGCCGAAUCGGUUCGAAAAUGGUUUGCUUGGCGUGUUUAUUGCCUCUGUUUCUCAUUCCAGUCGUCAACGCGCUGCCUGUUCUAUUCCACUUGAUUAUGGGAAAAAUUUAUAGAAUUUUUGGCUGGGAAUAUACAAAACCCCAGAGGGUACCUCCAGCUUGUCCCUAUCGCCCUGCUGCCAAACAAAAUAAUGAGGAGUUAGAACCUCUAGCUGGUCAGCAGCACCCACCUCCAAAAGCCGUUGAUGCGGUGGAUGCAAAGCAAGACUGAAUUUGGAGACUUCUGUCGUACAUACAUGUCAGCAAGACCAGCAGAUCUCUGUGGCCCUGAAAGCAGUGGACGCUGUCAAUGUCGAUUAAAGGAAGCUAUGACUUCAAUCGGUCAGAUAAAAGAAUAUCUUAAACUCUCAUCACUAAUACCCAUCAAUACAGUUCCAUUUUGUCAGUGCAUACUUUCUGAAUAAUUUAGCUGGAUGGCUGGAAUAUGUUUCCUGGUUUGUAGUUAAUCAAUGCUUGUGGAAUCUCUGGUAAGAAACAGAUGAAAUUGGCGUAGACCAUGGUUUAAUUCACUGAUGCCUUAAACUUUUUUGUUCCCAAAAGAACUUUUAACUUC